AUGGACCCAUUCCCCCGGAUUGAAAUAUGUGAGUCCGAUGGAGGACGCAUAGCCACCCCACAUGAUGAUCCGCUAGUCAUAGAAAUCAAGAUCUCCAACAUGAGAGUAAAACAUAUACUGAUAGAUACAGGAAGUUCAUCUGACAUAAUGAGUAUGGAGUGCUUAAGCCGUCUGGCUCAUGAUCCUAAAACAAUCGAAAGCAUUCACUAUCCCAUCAUCGGCUUUGGAGGAAGCAUCAUACACCCUGUAGGCAUCAUAACCCUACCAGUACGAAUAAGGGGACGUAAUGACGGAAGAGAGAUGGUUGUGGACUUCCUGAUUGUCAAAGACUUAACAGCAUAUAAUGUCAUUCUGGGACGCCCUAAUCUAAACAAGAUAAAAGUUGUGGUUGUCACUCAUUUAAUGCUCUUAAAGUACGUGUGUAACGACGGUUCAAUAGGAACUAUUCAUGGAGAUCAGCAACAGGCACGAGACUGCUAUCUAACCACUCUCAACCCGUCCGCAUGGAGGAAGGAGCCGGCCAGAACCAGAGUCAAAAGAAAGCAUGAAGAGAAUUCCCUAGCAGCUGAAGAAGUUAUCUCUGUCAAGGUAGAAAAAAGUGGCUAG